AAUAUGAAUUUUGCUAUCUUCGACUUGGUACGACGUCGAUAUUGCAAUUUUGUUAGUCGCGAUUUUGUUCCCAUUGUUUUGAAUAUUAUCUCUCAUGUAAAAUUUUAAUAUUCAUAGGGUUAUCUUAUCUGAAAUGUGUGUUUGAUCGUAAAAUUAUCAAGUAAACGCUAUAUCUGAUGUCGUAAUGACAAAUUACUGUCUAUCCAUCAAAGCGUAACUGAGCGGUGCUAAUUUAUUGUUUUUUCCUUAUAAUUCGGAGUUUUUAAAUGUAAAUUGGUGUUCGAUAUGGAAGAUUACAAGUUUCUCUUCAAAGUGGUGCUGGUUGGUAACGCUGGUGUGGGAAAGACAUGUCUCGUAAGAAGGUUUACACAAGGUCUCUUUCCCCCGGGCCAGGGUGCUACAAUCGGAGUAGAUUUCAUGAUCAAAACAGUCGAAGUGGACGGUGAGAAAGUGAAGCUACAAAUAUGGGAUACAGCGGGACAAGAAAGGUUCCGUUCCAUCACGCAGAGCUACUACCGUUCAGCCCAUGCACUGAUAUUGGUGUAUGACAUAUCUUGCCAACCUACGUUUGAUUGCUUGCCUGACUGGCUCCGUGAAAUUGAGGAGUAUGCCAAUAACAAGGUGUUGAGGAUAUUAGUUGGUAAUAAAACAGACAGAGAAGACAGGGAGAUACCAAGGCAUAUAGGGGAGGACUUUGCACAGAGGCAUGGCAUGUACUUCCUCGAAACUUCUGCCAAGGAGGCAGAAAAUGUUGAAAGACUUUUCAUGGAAAUUGCUGUUGAACUUAUGGAGCAAGCAAAAUGCAAGGAGCUACCAAAGUAUGAUGGGAGUUUAGGUCCAAUCAAUGGGAAGACGACAUCAGUAGGCGAUAGUUCUUGCUGUCUGCGUUAGUAAUCGUAAAACGAAUUUAUUUCUCACUAUCUAUCUUAAACUUAUCAAGUAACUUUAAUUAUAUAGGUACCCUGUAAAACUUAACACGAUUAGAAUGUCAUACCUAGCUCUCGUCUCUUUUACACUAGGCGAUAUACUAUAUCUGUCCUGCUGUCAUUCUAAUCACGUUAAGUUUUACAGCGCGUAAUAUUUUUAUUUAUGGCACUUGGAUAGGCAUAGCUUUUUAGGGUUCCCUAAAAUGUCAAAAACAAACUCUCUUUAGGGUUCUCUAGCCGAAUAGCAAAGACGGAAGAAGUUUAUAAUUUCGGCUCAUAAUUUUGAUUUGUUAAACGAACUGCGCUACGUCCGUCUCCAUUUAAAAAAAUAAGAAUUGAAUUUCAUCCCUUCGGUACUUAUAUAUUUUUUUAACAUUGCAAGUGUUAUGCAGGAAAUAAUAAGGAAUGUUGUACGUAUAACUCAAUAAAAAAAGUUCUGCCCACAAAUGUAAUGAUUUAUUUGUUCUUUUACGCAUUUUUGGCACCAACCGUUCGGAACGGAAACGUUGCGGCAGGAAACAGACUUAUAAUGACGUCGAAACUUAUCUAUUUCAUCAUGCAGAUUUACACCGGAAAAUCAUUUGGUUUCGGAUUGUGGAAUGGUCUAAAGAGAAAUAUUUACGUUUUUCGUAUCAUACCUACUAGGUAAGUAUACAAAAUUAGGUAACUAAUUAGAUAUAUACCUAUCGUUCUCGGGAUAAUGUGAUCUUUUUUGUCCAUAAAAUCGUAACUUUUUGGACACUAGUUGUAGAUUUGUUUCGGAUACCAUUCACUACUUGGCUGGAAAAAUAUUCACCGAUCAGCGUUUAUUUAUUUCAAAGAUGCGUGCGUUAGACGUUACAAAGUUAUGUAGCACGCCACUUGAUCAUUUCUUGUAGUUGAAUACAUUCUAAAUUGUUUUUAUCUCGGGACCUUUUUUAAAUAUUCAUAUCGUGUCUAUCCAAGUGUAUACAUCUAUAAAUAAUCUAAUAUACUUGACCCUAAGCUAUGGUAUUUUUACAAAAGAAUUGUUAUUUUUUUUAUUACAGUGCACGCCAUUAUAUGUUCUCGCGAAAAAAAUACCAAAGAUCAAAACUAUAUUUACAGCCAAAUUGGUAUGUUAUUCAUAUGCCUACAUUGUUAACAGUAUAUAAAAGCUCAUAAAUCGUUUGAAACUGACGUAUAAGGUCAAUGAUGAUGAUGAUAAAAGGUAACAACGAAAGUUUGUAUUUUCUGGAGCAUAUUGUUCAGAAUCGUGAGGAAAGUGUUAUCUUUAAUCCGCUGUUUAUACCUAGAUUUUUAUAAAGGUUGAAAUAUAUUUAUUUUACAUAUUUCAUUCGCUGUGUUGUACAUGGCAUUUACAUCCGUGGGUUCUUUGUAAAAAUAACAUGAAACUAUUUAAACUGUAUAUCUUGUAGCGUUACAUUCCACUCGCUUGUAAGUGCAUAGCAUUGUAGCAAUGUCAUGAUUAUUUUUUUUUUACUUCGUGUAAACAUGAUUAAGGGGCUCUUAUGAUUAUAAUACCGAACGAGUGCAAUAUAGGAAUGUUUUCUUAGGCUACGCGAUUUUAAAGGGAACUGCACCUAAGUAUGCAAUAGGUACAUUAUUUGGGGCAUUUGUCUUAGUUUUGGGUUAUGAAGUAAUAUGUUGAAAUUUUGAGAAAUGACAAUCAUUGAGUAUUUAUUUUAUGAAAACAAUAGAUCGGUAUGGAUGUGUAUUUGUGGAGUUAGUGGCGUGCAAAAUGGUGUAUUAAACAGCUGACAUGCUCGUUUGUUUCUCCACUGAACGUAUGGAAAAGUUCUUCGUAAAUAAAUUCGUUUCCUUUUAAAAUCUGGGAAAUAACACUUAUGUGCACGCGGCGCUAAAUUUUCAUGAUAGGAAGUAGACGUACUUAUUCAGGUUACCGUAAAUAAACGUAUGUGGGGAAAAGGCGCGUACACGCGUAUGUAAACUGCCAUGUUGCACAUCACGUGCUUGCAAACGUUGUCGUCAUUAGACACUUAGCUCUUUUUUAGAAGUAAGCACUAUUUUUUCUCAUAACUGUGUAUAAUUAUCAUGUUUUGUCAAUUCAGUAUAGUGUAGUGUGAAUCGAACCAUAGUUUGCAUAUCAGAAUCUUUAUAUCAUUCUAGAUUUAAUUUUCGUGUAAGCUGAUGUACAUAAGACGAAAACAUUUAGGAAUUGACUAUACAUAGACGUAGAGGUGAUAAGAAUUUAUUACGUGUUUUAUGUUGUGAGAUUAAGUAUUGUAUAAUGAUAUUAUUUUGAAGUAUUAAAAGUAAGAUAUUUUUGAUUUUCAUUAGUUUAAUUUAGUUGUGUUUACUUACAUGCAUUGUCAACUAUUUUUAAUUAAAGCUAUUUAAAACUUUGAUAAAGAGGUAUAGAUCAAUAUAAUAGUCAAGACUCAAGAACUAUGUUUAUAAAAUGCAAAAUAGAUGUAUUUUAUAACCGCAAUUUCUUAUGUAGAUCUUUUAUUUUAUAUUUUUAAAACAUAAAAGAUAACAUUCAUGACAUUGUAACAACGCUUACGAGUUAUUUAACUUGCUGUUGCAGAUUUUGUUAUAAUAAUAACAUUAAAACUAAAUAUUAGGUACGGUUCUUAGAACAAAUUCGUAUGUAUUCAAUAGCCAAAUAAAACAAGUUGGCUUUUGAAUAUGAAUGCAAUUUUAGUGGAACUAUGUUAUUCUUAGAUGCCUUGUGGAAUGGUUAAUAAUGUGUAGGCUUAACACUAAAAUACUAUUUUGUAGAAAACUAACUUUACUAACUAAUUAAAAAGGUGGUGUUUCGUUUCGACCAAUCAUCAAUCAUUCAUACAAUACUGGUUUGUGAUUGGCCGGAAUAUCAAUAUGUAUUCUUAUAUGGAACUACGAAAUCACAUCGAACAAUGUUUGGUCACGUUAUCAUGUUGAAAAUAUGUGUUACUGACUUACUAUUAAGAGUAAUGAUGGGUAUAAAAUAAAAUAGACUGUUGUAUUUACGCUGUUUUAUCGUAUAAACGAAGAAACAGUUUUGCUAGUGACCAUUUUAUUUGCUACAUAAUAGUGUUUUAGAUACUGUUAAUUUAAAAUUUAGUGUUACAUAUUUAUUAUAUUCUUGUUUUUAGGUGAAUAUUACGGAUUUUAUACUACUUUUUAUUUGUCAUCACAAUUAAAAUUAAAUGCACUUUAUUCGAAAGUUGUUUCGUGUUAUGUGGUUGGGUGUUUUGAUGUUAACCGUAUCGAGUUCGAGUUUUCACAUUGUGGACAAGACAAUGUUUUUUAUAUUGUAUACUGUCUUUUACACUUUAUUUACAGAGUUGUUCGUAUUGUACAAUGUUUCAAUUGAAGUAUGGAAAUCGGUAUUGUUCCAAAAGUGGACCAUUACGUCGCUAGAUGUCGCUGACUAUUUAUAAAUGAAUGUUUACAAAUACACUUAAAAUGUACUUUAACCAGUUUGUUAAGUAAUAAAACAAUACUGUAUGUUAUGUAUGAUACUUAUAAGUUAUAAACUACGUUUACGUGUUAAUAGCCACUUAUAAAAUAUGCCAAACUGACAGAACUGGCGAUAUUUAUUACACAAGUUUUGUCCUUGGCAUAUUUCAUACUUAAUUGUGGUGUACUAGUAUGUGCUAUUUAUGUUUACUUUAUUGUUAAAGCUCCAACUGCAUUUUAACGUAUGUUUGAACACAAAUAAUAAGGGCUGGUUCCACUUAUUGAUGAUAAACAGCAAGCAGCAUUAGACCGGUAAAAACGUAGCCUUAUAUUAGUAUAAAGUUAAGGGUCUAUAGAGACACGAGUUGUCGCGUUCGCGCCACCAAGAACGCGUCAAAUUACCAACAAACAUCAGAUUCCUGUUCAAAAUCAAGUUUCUUUACAGCAUUAUCUUGUCCCUAUGUAAUGAAAAUGUUUGUCUACUAGAACUUUGUUGGGUUUGAAGGAUCAUUACUGUCUAUGAAUUGACCUCCCUCCGACAGGUAGCCCAAUACUACAAUAUCGAUUAUUCCAAAUUUUUACAUUGAUAUAUCCUCAAUAUUUCUGGUCCGGUUAUUAGAAAGAUGAAACCAGUGACUAUUACGACUAACAAAUAUCUUGCAAUGCUGUACAUUUGUUUUCAGUGUCCUGUUGCCUUGACACGUAUCACGGAUAGACCAAUAUAAGCAUUUUUUGCGAGGAGAGUACGUAUGGUUGCUUCAUUAUAAAGAAUGAUAUUUAUAAAAAUCUAUUUGCGUUUAUGUACUACAAUGCAAGUUUUGCGAAGUAAUUUAAUAAUUAACUUAUCAUUUCCAUGACAGAAAUAUUGGAUCUGAUAUCUAAUUAAUGUUUCCCGAUAAAAUAUCAUUGAAUAUUGAAAUUAAAUAUCACCAAAGAUGUGAAUUAUUGUAAUACUCGCAAUUAAUAAAUGACCAUUUUGGAUA